GCCAAUGGCGGGCUCGAAAAACAUACGUGUUUGUAGUGUCCCGCAGUGCUCAAAUUCCAAAUAAAAACAGUCAUAUAUCCCCUGAGCAUUGAUGAAUUGAAGAAGAAGUGGGGGCAUGCAAUUAGAAGAGACGUCGAGGAAGCACAUUCUAUAUAUUUGCAACUUCGUCAGACCGCAAGGGUCUGAAGCAGUGGGCUGUUCCUAGACGUUUCCAAUGGAACGACUAUCAUCCCGCAACAACGCGGGAAUCUGGAUAUUAAAGGCUCGUCUUGGAGUUGAUGUUCGAGAAACCGAGAACCAGGAGCCGGACACUUAACUUUGACCACGACAAUACGAAACCUCCUCUUGGGAGCCAGUAUACGGUUGCUAUGGAGAUCCCUUCGGAAGACAUAGUGAUUCGGGAGACCUUGGGGGCAGAGGUAGAGGUGGAGAUACUGGAGGACGUGAUCAAAGCCCACAAGCAGAACCCACCGGAGAUCCCCAGGUUUUCUGUGCCACGUCCGUUCUCUAUGCCAGAGGACUCGAGCGACGAUGACUGUGACCUGUCAGGGAACAGCAUCUCUACUUACGGCAUGCAUUUCAUGGAGCUGGGGGGAAAGUGCUGGGAAUGUGGCGUGCAAUUCAGGUCUGGCCAGGAGUUGAUCGAACACUUUGAGAGCCACAGGUCCAAGGUCUCAACGUCCUGCAACAUCUGUCGGGUGACUUUCAGUCGCACAGUAUCACUGGCUAUGCACCUAGUCAACGCACACUCAAACUCAGUCCUCCAUUGCAGCAACUGCCAGCUGCAUUUCAGCAACUUGUGGGAUCUCAACAAGCACAUAGGAAUACACUUGUUCACUGAGUUGUUAAAUACACCCCUUGGGGACAUCUCAAAUAAUGUCUUGAAUAGCAGUGAAGAGACUUUAAAGGGACAGUAUACUCUUCCUUCAGCCUUGGCCCUCAAACAUGAUGACAACUCAAAUGAUGGCUUGAAUGGAAGGGAGGAGACUUUAAAGGGACAGCAUACUGUUCCUUCAGUGGUGGCUCUUGACCAUGAGGACACCUCAAAUGAUGGCUUGAAUGGAAGGGAGGAGACUUUAAAUGCACAGUGUACUCCACCUUCAGUGGUGACCCGAGACCAUACAUACAGCAUGGAAAGCAAUGGGAGAGUGUCAAAGACAAGACAUAGGCUGGAGGAAUCGGAGGAGGGGGAAGAUGUCAAACCAGACCCCUCCACUCUGACUCCCUCACUGAGGAUCCGUGUCAAACUGGAGAGAGGGGUUGAGGUUGAUUGUGCCCCCCUCCAGUGGGAUGAGGGGAUGAACGAUGGAGAGGGGGGUGAAUAUAGCAAAGACACUGAGAGCGCUGGAGGAACAGACAACAACAGGUUAACAGAGAGCAGCGGGGAAACAGAUAUCGAUGAGGAGGACAUCAGGCUGAGUGAAGAGGAGGAGGAAAUUAAAAGCAAACAGGGGGAGGAUAGGAAUAAUGACAUCCACAGCGAAGAAGAGGACGAGGAUGCUGAGACGCUUAUUGACCAAGAGGGUGAGCCCUCCUCGUCUGAGCGGGAGUCAGAAUUUGACCCAGAAGAGUUAUCAGAUUCUGACUCGAGGUCCAGCAGCACUGGGGAAUCCAGUGGGUCUUCUUACACUCCUGUACGCACACGGAACGCCAAGACCCGGCCAUCCCGGACUACGCAGCACAAGACCAAGUUGUCCCAGGUCAAGCCUUAUUAUUGCAUCUAUUGUGCCAAAGGACCGUAUCAUAAUAUGGACUUUCAUGUGAAGACCUGCAAUAUGAAGAAGGACUUUCAAUGCUCUUUAUGCCAAGCCGUCUUUCCUACCGAGAUGGCCAUGUUGGACCAUCAGGUUCGGACUCACUCUGAAGCCAUAUCGGGCCAAAUGUACGCCUGUGAGUUCUGCCGCCAGGUCUUCCCCGAUCUGGCCAUCUACAAAAACCACAACUGUCCCAAAAAAGACACACCCCCGCCAUAUGUCCCUGAUCCCACUACGUGUAUCUAUUGUGGAACAGGGCCAUUCAUUAAUAUGGACGUUCAUUUGAGAGGCUGCAGUUGGAAAGGCCUUACAUGCACUGAGUGCAGGGUACUCUUCCAUAAUAGGAAGGCCCUGCAGAACCAUAACGUUUCAGUUCACGGACAGCUUUCCACUAUGUGUGCGGUUUGCGGCAGAGGGCCAUUCACUGAUAUGGACUUCCAUUUGAGGAGCUGCUCUAGGGAUUGGUCCUUCCAAUGCUCUGAGUGCAAAGUCCAAUUUCCUUCUGAGAAAUCUCUGGUGGACCAUAAUCUUAAAUAUCACAGUGCCACAUCAAAGACCUCUGACCAAGGUGUCUGUGUUUAUUGCGGCAGUGGACCAUUCACUAGUCUGGACAUCCACAUGAGGACCUGCUCUAAGCAGAAGGGCUUAAAAUGCUCUGUGUGCAAAGUUUUUUUUCCUACUGAAUCGGUCCUGGCUGAUCAUAUGGUUUGUUAUCAUAGCACCCCAUACCAUGUCCAUAGCACCCCAUACCAAGUCCAGAGCAUCCCAUACCAAGUCCAGAGCACAGACUCAGAGACCCCUGAAGGUACCUGUCUCUAUUGUGGCAGAGGUCCAUUCACUAAUCUGGACAACCACAUGAAGACCUGCUCUAAGAGGAAGUGCAUCCAAUGUUCUGUGUGCAAGUUGUUCUUUACUAGUGAUGUCCUGGCCAACCAUAUGAUUUCCUAUCACAGUACCAAAUUCCGAGUUCAGAGCCCAGUCACAGAGAUGCCUGACAACGGUGCCUGUGUCCGUUGCGGCAGAGGGCCCUUCACUAGUCUGGAACAUCACAUGAAGUACUGCAAUAAGCAGAAGGGCAUCCAAUGUGUUAUGUGUAAAGCUUACUUUCUUACUGAGGGCAGUCUGGUGGACCAUAUUGUUUUAGCUCACGCUGACAAGCUGGUCACCCAAGCUGGUGGGUCCUCCGCUACCACUUUCUCCUUCGUACCCAUGACUAUCUCUACCACCUCAGGCCAGCAGAGCCCCAGUAGCUCCACCCUGAUGUGUUGCAGUAGUGGAAAUAAGGAGCUGAAACGACUGGCCCCAGUCCCAGUGUCUGAUCAGGGCCACUGUGCAGUUGGCCAGCUAACACCUGCUGGACAGUCUGUUUCUCUGCCUAGAGUAAUGCUGUCUACCACCACCUCUUCCCAGCCAGCCAUUCCUGUGGUGGCCACCUUGCUCAUUGACAACACUGGUGGUGGUCCAGCGAAAAUUGCCAGGCUGGUCCCAGUUGCCCCACAGACCAACCCCCCCAAAACGCAGGUCACAGCACCCACGCAUACUAAUACAGCAAAGCCCCUUGGGCAGUUCUCUAACCUUCUGCAACAGACUGUCCAUCAGGAAAAAUCUGUCCAACAGCAGACACCCAGGCCCACUGCCCUAGCCAUGGACCCUAUCAGAUCCCCCACCACCCCAUCCCCUAGACCUGCCUCAGCCUCUGCCCCGGGGAAAAUCACCAUGAUCCACCUCUCACCUGUCCAUACCCCCCCUCUAGCGCAGUCUUCCCCCCUUACCCUUGCCUUUGCCCCAGCCCCUCUAAGCAUCAUGUGUAUGUUUGUGAAUAGAAGUAAGGAGCUGGCCCUGGAGAAACGCAUGAAGAUGAGCUGGCGUUCCAAGUGCACCUACACCUGCCGCCAGUGCGGCGCCGUCUCGCAGCAGCCCUCGCUCAGUGUGAAGCACCGCUACCUCCACCGGGGCUCCCGUCGGUACCGCUGCCACUGUGGUAGGUCGUUCCUGCGGCGGCUGCACCUCCUGCGCCACUACCUCCAGCACGCCCAGGCCACCCGCUACAUAUGCACUGCCUGCGGGGAGACCUUUGACGGGGCAAAGUGCCUCGCACAGCACAUGGUUGGAGCUUCCAACACGACUCGAUGUCCAGGUGACAGCAUAACUUUGAAGCUGAGGAAAGAGUGCCGGAUGCCCUUCUCCUGUCACUGUGGGCAGGUGUUUUGUAGGCCCGCUGCUUUUCUCUGGCACAAACUGAAAAACACCCAAAGGACUUAACACUGAAAUGGACCCACAGCAGGGCCCAGUCUAGGCCCUAUUCAAAGCAGUGGUUUUUCCAUGGCUCACGCAGGCAGGCAAGCCUAUCAUUUACUAUGUUACGGGUAGAAGAGGACAAUGCAGUUUGUGGACUUGCUUGACUUUUUUCACUGAAUGAAAGAUGAUUCCUUAAGAAAUAAUCUAUGUAUGUAUUGGUUUAAAAUGUGUUUUCACUUCCACUAAAACAUUGUUUUCACCAAAAGAGCAAAAAUACAAUCAUAUUAAAAUUAAAUAUUUUACUUGAGUUGUCUUUGUAAGAGGUCAUAGGGUACAUUUGGAAGACUAAAGAAUUAUCAUUAAUGGCCAUAUUAUCGUUAAUAUUAUAAGUAGGUUAUGAUUUAGCUGGUAGAACAAUACUCAUUCAAAUACUUCCACUCACCAA